AUGGAGGCCUACAAAGACGUCAUUGUGAGCCACCCGCCGGCGAUGUACGCGCAGUCCGGCUACACCUCGCAUUUUGCUGUAGAAAACUACAAGGGUAUCUUGCUCUGCAAGCGACCGUCAAACCUCGGUUCGGCAGCCGGUGCCGCCGGCGCUGGCGGUAGCGAUAGUUACCGCCACAGCGACUCAUCAUUUCCCCCGUUUGUUCCCUCGAACCCCACCGGCAAUCCCAUCGGCUACGGUCCAUCCAAGGAGAGUCGCGACACCCGCGCUGAGCAGGAGGCAUUACGCGCGGCAAACCAGCGGCAGCGUCAAACAAAGUCAUCGCAAGCCCUCUCGCGCCACCGCCGCUGGCUGAGCAGUUUUGCACGACAGAUAAAAACAAUGAAGGACAUGGACCGGCAGCUUGAGGUGGAGGCGGCGCAACGAUCUGCCAGAAUGCGAGAGGCGGAGAAGCGCAAGCGGGGGGGACAGCAGCAGCAGGUGUCUGUCAUCGCUGUCAACUUAGAGAACGCCGGCGCACCGCCGUACAACAUGCACAAGUCGAUGGAAGCACACGUGACGGCUACACUCAAAGCCACGGGCACUGCAGCAGUGGUAUCGUCUUCCCGUAAACCGAAGUGGGCCAUGACGGAGGAGGAGGCGAUGGACGACGAGCUCGAUUUCGACCGUGACCUCCUCGACUUCGCCGAAAACCUCGACUACGAGAAGUUCAUCACUGACUUUGAGGUCGCGGAGGCGCUUGGCGUGAUGCGGGAUCGCGUAGAGGAAAUUGCAAGGGCGAACAACUGGUCCGUCGAAGACAUCCGUCGCGCGACAACCGACGAGCACGACGAUCUCAACUCGGUUGUGACCCCGUCCGAGGCACAGCUCAUUCUCCGCAGCAAGCAGCAGCAGCCGCAAGGUGGUGGUGGUGCCACCACUGUGGGGGCUCGAGCCGCGCUUCCGGAGGCACUGGCAGUGCACAAGCACGACUGGGACACCAGCAGUAAUGGUCGUGCCCGACUGCUGAAGAAGGCGAUAAGCUGUGACGCCCUCGCCCUGGCCGAACGCCUGUUUGCCGCCUCGCCGUCGCUGCGGAAGAUUCACACGCGGCACAGCCUUGCACGUGUAUUGCAGCGGUGCGCCUUGGAAGGCCACGUCAACGUGACGGAGUCCACGUUGCUGCAACAGGCAUACGAGACUACAGCAGCUAAGGGCGGCGGCGGAGGCAUUAGCGGUAGUGCAGCGUCACCUUCCCCCGCAGCGGUGGACCCUCCGGCAAUUCCAGAGCCUCUAGUCGUGAAGGUGAGCGCGGAUGCAAUACCUAUGCCUUACAGUAGUGCUGACGGCGUCGCUGAUGGCUCUGCGCAAGGCGUACAGCCGGGACGUAUUCUGCGUCAGCUUCAGCAGUCUAAGGAGCGGACACAAGGACUACCGUACCUCUACCGCUGUCCUGCCAUUUAG